UCUGCCGUCACAACACGAAGAAGACCAGGGAGCAAGAAGCAAUAACAAACAAACCUAGCAGCAAGCUAAGAACCGAUCACAAAGGCGAAGUGUCUUCCAUUGCGGUGGAUACACAUAUUGCCAGUCGCCACUAAGUGUGUAUGAUAUGAUGUACUACAAAGAAGACCUGCAGUAAUCCGUUACGGAGCUGCUCUUUGCUUGUACGAGCAAAACGUCACCGUGAGAAACGCAGGUGAGACGACUGGGUUUGACGUCGCAUUACAAUCUCCACGAAGCAGAUAUUAUCAGGAUACUGAGUUUAGAGCAACUGUAAGCGACCAAGGAUGGCUCACCAUGGUGUGUGGGACGCAGGAGCUCGAUUGAGUGUCCUUGUUGUGGUUUUCUGCAGCAUACUGGUUCCCUCACCCACACAGGCCUAUAUCUAUGCUCAUUAUAGCAAUAUGACCUCCAUGUUGUUUGAGGACCUGCCUGCCUUGUUUGGCGCCCCUCUUCCUAAAGAUGGACUAAUGGGAGUUUUAAUGGUGUCCCGUCCACUGAAUGGCUGCACACCAAUAGACCCUCCUCCUCCAUUCCCACCAUCUUUUGAUGCCAACACCACCAAAUUCAUCGCUCUUAUUAGACGCUAUGAAUGCAAUUUUGAUAUAAAGGUCUUGCAUGCACAGAGAGCUGGAUACAGUGCUGCGAUUGUUCACAACAUGUAUUCAGACAAGCUGCUCAAUAUGAACUACAGCAAUGACACUAUUGCAGAGGAAAUUGACAUCCCCUCUGUAUUCACCAGCUACUAUGCCUCUCAAAUUCUCAGGAAUUUCAUAAUUCCCGAACAAGGGGCCUACGUGAUCCUCAAGCCAGAGUUUUCUUUUCCACUCUCGUACUACCUAAUUCCCUUCACUGGAGUAGUUGGCAUGAUCAUUCUUGUGAUGUGUGUCGUCUUGAUUAUACGAUGUGUCCAGUACAGAAAAAGGAUAAGGAAAAAUCGUUUGUCCAAGGAACAACUGAAGCGGAUUCCAACCCACAGGUUCUGUAAAGGGGAUGACUAUGAUGUGUGUGCAAUCUGUCUGGAUGAUUAUGAAGAAGGAGACAAGCUGCGAGUUUUACCUUGUUCACAUGCCUACCACUGCAAGUGUGUGGACCCGUGGCUCACACAAACCAAGAAGACGUGUCCUGUGUGCAAACAGCGCGUCACUCGGAACAACACAGAGCACUCCGAAUCUGAGUCUGAGGAGGAAAUUGGAGGACGAGGCCGAGGAGAAGGAGCGGAGGGCGACACGGAGCGCACUCCUCUGCUUCGACCCUCCAACCCAGGGUCUCCCUCAGGGAGCCCAGGGGCCUAUUCAGCCACCACUACUGCCCAGUGCCUCGCCUCCCCUGCACUCUGCGACUCACCCAUCCUGGGUUAUGAAGGCUACCACUCCCCUCCGGAGGACACGGACUCAGAAAGUGAUGUCGCGGGAGAGUACAGGCUCCACACUGAUGAUGACACCACUCAGCUCAUUGGUAGGGAUGGAGUGGAGAUCUGACGGCCGGAACAUAGCCGCAAUGAGAUUACUUAGAUUUACAUGAUUGGGGGGGUCUUUGUGUCAUGGGGGGCAUGGUAUCACACCAUGCUUUGAAAUAGUUUGCAUAUUUGUGGUUAGCUAGACAUUUAUUGUCACUGAAUCUUUUAUCCAGUAACCAGAGGGGGUCUGCUUGUUACUGUCAAAACUUGCAUUGAUGAGUUUGACCUAAAUCCAGCAUUGAGCAACUCCCUUCUACACACGCACACACACACACACACACACACACACACACACUCCUGGACUCCUAUAUUUGACUGUAGACCUCCUUUUUUUUUUCUUAUGCAUGUUUUAAUCCUUAACUUGACCACAUGACCUGAACACUAGUGCUGCACAAAAAGAGUGGGCCACUUGAAUCUAAGUUUUGUAGAAAUGCGAGUGUGAGGUUAAGCCUGUGUUGCUAAACCGUAGGAAUUCUGUGCUCACGCUUAAAGCGGAUCUUCUAAAUACUCUAUGUACGGUUACGGUGAGGUUAGUGCAGUUUGAAGACUCUUGUCUUAAUCAUAAUAGUUUUAUAUCGGACAGCCCUUUUGAUCAGCGUUGCAUCUUUUCCUGACAAGGAUGUGCACGUGGAGGGAACAUGUUUGUCUUUAUUUUAUCUUUUAAAACCCAUAACUCGCUUUUGACAUAUUUCAGUUCUUUGAAAUGUCAGUUAUCUCAGAUUCCAUAGUUGACGCUAUAAUAGAAUAUUGCAAAGAUGUUAUACAUUUCUGCUGCUUUUAAAUUGUUAUUAAUAAUUAUGUGUGAUCGGUUUAUGGAAAAUAUGUUUAGCUUUAUCCAGUUUGUCAAGUUGAACAAACUCAGGUUUUUAGUAACAAAUUGAAGGUCAGUCCGUAUUGUAAAUUAAUAACAACAUGAUAAUUAACAGAGUUUGGUCUUUUAAAUUGAUUGAUGUUAUAUUGAUUAAUACUCAACAGCAUUUUUCCAUUUUUUUAGACCGAAUCAUAACAUUUUGAAUCGGGGGACCCUGGAUGUGUUUUUAGGACAAAAGAGCAUUGCCUUACAUUGGCCUUGUACAUGUGUAUGUUAAAUGUUUGGAAAUUGAAGGGAAAGAUUUCGCACUCCUUUGUUUUCCUCUUGUCUUGCUAGUAUGUAAUACUGCUGGUUAGAAGGCUAUGAUUUUAUUCCCUGGUCUGUAAAUGUGCUCCACUUUUUUCUUUUUGUAGUGACGACACAGACAGCCUGUGUUUCCAGAUGUUUAGUGUCAGUAAUAAUCCAGAUAGCCAACUCAGACAUGUUUGAUUUGCACAUAAAUAUUUGAAUAAGCUCAGCGACUGUCAACCAAGACAUUUUUUGUUCCUCUAUUUGAUCAAAUGACCUGGAUGGAGUCCAAACUGCUGAAUUAUAUCAAGAGCAGUACAAAUGGAAACCGUAAGAAAUGUUAAAGCCAAACUGUUUCGCUGCUGCAAAUAAAUGCACAGUUUUGAUACCUUGAUUUAACAUUGUUAAUUCAUAACUGUAAUUUGUGUUACUGUUGAUUACCUUAAAGGGUGUGAACAUUGUUAAGCACAGUACAGAUUAACCCACACUCAGUGUUUCCUCCGUGUUCAUUUGUUUUUAGGGUUUUUGCUCCAUCAGUCAGACAAAAUCUGAAAUCAGUCAUUUUAAUUUAGAGUAACCCGCAGCUAUGAGUGGAAAUAAAGGUUUUUUUGUAGGAAUUGUUUUAGCAAUUCAAAAAUUUAUAACCUCAACUUGAUCUAUACGACAUUGGACCGAACAUCACAACUGCAUCACUGAGGAAACGCUGCUGCAUAAAUGUUCUGUUGCUUGUUUCAGUAAACUGCAUUUAGUGCCAUAGAUGAAUCAGUAGGACUCUGAAAUCAUAACAUUCCAACUUUAUAUUCUUCUGAGGAUUGAUUAAACAACAUUAGAUUGGGACUUGUUAGCAAUACUCUGUUAUAAAAUAGAGCAGGUUUGUUUCUCCUUAUUGCAGGAUGUGUACUGUGCAUUUCUUUUUUCCUCUCUCUCAAUUUUAGAGAGAACUGAAACAAAUGAAAAAAUAUAAUCCCCAAGUUAUUAUUAUUCCAUUCUUCUUUUAGAAUGUGCCUAGUGUAUCACACUUAAAUAAUACAUGUACAGUCAACUAUGAUUUUCAUGUAUAAAGCAGGUUUGAGAGUGGGUAGGAUGUCUGAACACAAUCAAACAGCAUUUAUUGUGUGAUUUGUGGAAUAAAUGAUAUUGAAACGGGAAGUGUUGUCACUUUUUUGUUGA